UUUUUGUUGCACAUUGAAAGAAAUCUUUGUUCAGAUUGUCGCCUUUCUGAAUCCUCUAAAACAAUGAAGUUUGCACUCGUGGUUCCAAUACUGCUAAAGCUUUUUCUUGCCACUGACGCUUGUACCGAGAUCCGAGUGAUCGCCGAGGACAAAACCGUCAUAGUCGGGCGGAGCAUGGAGUUUAUUAUGGAUCUUUCGUCGCAUGUCGUGGUGGAGCCCAAUGAUUACCCCCACACUGCAGAACUGCCAAAGACUUGUUCCCGUAGUUCACCAGCAAUAACCUGGACCAACAGCUACAAGAUCGCUUACAUUGACGCUUGGAAUUUGCCUUAUGCAACUGAUGGCCAAAAUGACGCUGGACUUUCCGUUGGUGCACUCAUGUUUCCUGUUUUUGCCAAAUAUCAGGUUGUCCCCCAGGACAAGUGCGGCUCGGCCAUUUCCAACUCGCAGUUCCUGUCAUGGAUUCUAGGCAACUUCGCAACUGCUGAAGAGGUGCGAAUGGCUUGGAAAAAGGACUCAUUUCCACUUGUGUGGGGACAAUCUGUGAACGGGUCCAUCUCCGAAUUGCACUGGUCCAUCACCGACAAAAGUGGUGACGGAAUCGUCAUUGAGUACACCGAACAGGGACCAAAGCUGCACGAAAAUACAAUUGGUGUCGUGACCAACUCUCCACCCUAUGACUUCCAAAUGCUGAACCUCCGCAAUUACGUCCAGCUUUCCAAGUUCGCUCAUGAUCCUUUGGUAUUGGGUGAAACAACGUUCCCACCCACUGGCCAAGGAAGUGGACUUCUUGGUGUCCCAGGAGAUCUCACUCCUCCAUCGAGACUGGUACGUUCUGCAGCCAUGGUGCACUUUGCUGAUACUGCCAAGAAAAGUGAUGAGGCGGUGAAUUUGGCUUUCCACAUCAUGAACACUGUUGAUAUUCCUCGCGGAGUCGCCGCAUCCCAUGAUCAUCCAGAUAUGCCUGACUACACUUCUUGGGUUGUGGUCAAGGACCUCACCAACAAGGCAAUGUACUUUCGCACUUAUGAAGAUCUCACCAUCCGCGUGAUUCAUCUAGACAAAGUGACCACUGGCAAGAAGUUGAAACUCAAGCUUGGAAACUCUAUUGGAGGGUUUGUGGAUGUCACCGGAGAUCUUGAGGAUGCUCAGGUGCAUACUGAACUUUAAGGAGCUUUUAGUUUAAGCAUCCUAUUCAGUUAAGUAACUUGCAUAAGGCAUAUGAAUUGUGAUGCAUAGGUGUUUUCAAGGUGAUCCUAAGUUGAUUUCUUAAAUGUAAUUUUUGUCGUUUUGAAAUAAAAGUCCUUAUCAUU